AUGACUUACUGGUCAUGCAACGCAGUUGUGAAGCCGAUAGUCACCUAUGCAUCCUUGGUAUGGUGGACAAAAGCGACACAAAGAACUGCUAGCGCAAAACUUAGCAAACUGCACCGAAUGGUGUGCAUUGGUAUAACAGGAGCUAUGCGGACCUGGCCUGCUGAUGCACUUAGUGCUCUUGUAGGCAUACCGCCCUUUCCAAUUCUAAUAGAGAGGGAGGCCAGUCUAUCGGCACUGAGAAUCCUAAAUACUUCCGAGUUAAAAACCGUAAACAUGACAGGUCAUAUGAAGGUCCUUAUGAAAUUCACAAAUUACCCUAUAAUGCAUAUGAGGGACUCAGUAGCUCCGAUACUAGUAAUUUCUAGGAAUUUCAAGGUAUCUAUUGCGGACCGAGCAUCCUGGAGCACAGGAAACCCCUACACCAAACCCGGAGCUGAAGUUUGGCACACUGACGGAUCAAAACUUGAAGAUGGAAAAACUGGAGCUGGUAUAUUUGGGCCGAAUUUUAAAAGAUCGAUACCAAUGGGCAGCUACCCCACCAUUUUCCAAGCAGAGAUUCAUGCGAUCGAUAUCUGUGGCAGAGAAUGCCUCAGAAGAGGCACAUCCUCUAAAAACAUCUGCAUUAUGUCGGACAGUCAGGCUGCCUUGCUAGCACUGAGGUCCCACAUAAUAACAUCCAAACUAGUGUACGACUGCCUCAACACCCUAAACGGUCUUGGAAGCAAGAACACAGUAUUACUGGGCUGGGUGCCGGGGCACGAGGGCCAUGACGGCAAUGAACAGGCGGACGGCCUAGCAAAACACGAAGCUACCACACUAUUCCAUGGCCCGGAACCCUUUUGCGGGCUCACCAAAGCCCACUUAAGGGAGGUCAUAAACAAGUGGGUCGACAAAAAAUUCGAUAGGCACUGGAAUGAAUGUCUGGGACAAAGACAAGCUAAGCGGUUCAUCUGUCCAUCACAAGAAGCUUUAAAAAAGCUCAUAAAUCUAGGCAGGGAGGACCUUCGAACUGUCACUGGGUACUUCACGGGACAUUGUUCCCUGCGUUAUCACCUCAGUAAAAUGAAUCUUUCAGACACGAGCGUCUGUCGCUUCUGUGAGAUGGACUCUCGCAUGUGUGUGUGA